AAAAGGGGGACACAAUAAAUCAAAUUCAUCUUUUAACCAUCACAUAUUUCCUCUUCGAUCAUAAUUGAAAAUGAAUUGGGUUCAAAGGAAAAUAUAUUUGUACAAUGUCACUUUUGGAUUGUACAUGCUCGACUGGUGGGAACGUUGUCUCUUCAAUAUCUUGGUGCUUGUUUUGCUAUGGUUUAUGGCUUACAAUACGUUUCGAUAUGCUUCCGACCUCUUCAAUAGGCAACUGUGGUGAAAGUUCAUCAGCUGCGUCGAGCCUUGUUCUUGACCAUAUAACUAAGAGAGAUAUGUAUGCCUCUUUUGGCAUUUAACUUGUACGGUUGUUGAAAUUGUUUCGUUGUGCCAUAGAUACAGUUGGCUUUUUAUGAACCAGAAAAAUAAUAUGUUACUGCUCUUUUCUUAUUCUUUACCAAUAGAUGAUGACAUUUAAUGUAAUAGUAAGCAAUUCAAGCAGAUAUUGGCUCGAGUUGAAUUUCCGAUUGUUGUGAGGAAUGCUUUGAAAUUAACUCAUCAGUUUGCGAAGAAAACAUGUUGGUUCAUUCUUCAAGAUUAAUAUGUAUUUGGACAGAUUUUGUCAUACCCAGUCAUGUAUUGCUUCAAGUUCAACCGCCUUUCUUUCUAGUUACGUAUAUUUUCAAAGAGUUGUGGAUUAAUUCAGUAGCUCCCUCUAAUAUGCCCUAUCUUGUUUUUGUUCUUUUUUCACCAUUUGUCCUAUGCCUUGUUGUUUUCAACCUUGUGAGGAGUACUUUGAAAUUAGCAGUGAAGAAAAACAAAUUGAUUCAUUUUUU